ACGUGACUCUGUAAGGUAAUAGCAUUUUGUGAUUUGUGGUUUAUGAGAUACGCUAAUGAAGAAGCUGGUGACCGUUGCCACGUAAAGAUUUUGGAUCUCUACAUCUAAGUUGCCAGCAGGAUUUUCUCGAGAAGCCUUCUAUUUUAAACAUUUGUUAUCUACACCUUCAUUUGGUCCUUGGUAUUCAAAGCAAGUAAUCGGUCAUAACACUUUGGCUACAAUGAUGAAAGUGAUGACAGCUGAAGCUGAUCUUCCAGUUGGAACCAACCACGCUCUUCGAGCUACUAGUGCGACAAGGCUGUUUCAAGCGGGAGUUUCUGAACAUGUCAUUGAAGGCGGAACCGGCCACAAAACCCUGCAAGCACCGAGACAAUACCAAGAGCCAUCUGAAUUGCAGCAAAUGGCAGCGUGCAAAGUUUUGGAUAAUGGCCAUGCACAGAGAGAUUACACUGACGCAAAAGUCAAGAAGUCCGGAGAGACAACGGAACAGGCCGAUGAGCUGAAAGUAGUCCAGGUUGAACAGCCGUCUGAAACGGGAAGAGAGAAUCCGGCGCCAUUUGUUAUUUCUGACUGCGUCGUAACAAACUGUAGUACUGUGAACAUUAUUAUUGGUAAAGAAUAAGCUUGUAAUCUAAAAUAGGUAUGCCCAUGUAUUGAUUGCUAGUUGGUUUUGGUUUUUGCUAUUUUUUGGUUAAGUCAGUUGUGUUUUAUGUCAGUAAGCAGUAUACAGA